AUGCAUUCGAUCAAUAAUCGAGUAUGUGCAGUGUGUGGAGACACGCCGGCCAAGAUUCACUAUGGUGUCCUCGCGUGUUUCGGAUGUAAAGGAUUCUUCAGAAGGGCCGUCAAAGACGGCAGAAACAAAUAUGUUUGUAGGUUCGAGAAAAAUUGCGAAGUAACCAAAUUUGAACGAAAUGCUUGCCGAUAUUGCCGCUUCCGGAAGUGUCUUCUUGUUGGAAUGAAUCCAGAUUUUGUUCGACCCGAUCGCGAGGAAAUCAAGAAAGCCAAGCAUCACCCGUUUGCAAAGAAGAAGAGCCUUUCGAGAUGUGCUUCGAAUCGAUUCGCUGAUACCAAUGAUUGGACAUCUUCCCUUUCGCAAUCCCAUCGAAAAAUUCUGUCGGAUCUCGCGCGACUCGACAAUGAAACGCAACAUCCGAACUUCGACGGAAUCGCCAAUUUCUCAUUGAAAUCGCUGAUUGCCGAUCGAACAUUGGCAAGAAAAUCGAAUAUUUCCGAGCAUGCGAGCAUCGCGACAAGAACCGAUGAAUUUAUGGGCAUCGAGCGGAUUGUUCAAAUGGUCGAUUACGUCGAUGGAUUCGUUCAUUUACUAGAACAAGAGCAUGAUAAGAAAUUCAGUAUUGAAGACAAGAGUUCCCUGAUAAGUGAUACAAUGAUUCAUCUUCUGAUUCUUGAAUCCACAGCGAAGCAUGUGGCAAAAGGUCCAAAUGGGCUUGAUGAAUUUAGACAAACAUUUCAACACCUCCCAAUAUGCACGACUUCAAUCAAUUCAAAACUUGUCGAUAUUUGUGAAGUGUUUCGGCGAAAAUCGCCGUCCAUCGUUGAAUAUUCGAUUCUGAAAGCGUAUAUUGUAAGCUGUGCAGAAAGUACUGUGCUGUCGAAUUCGUUGAAUGAAACUCUUAGUUUGGCACGCGAAACUCUUUCCGAGUUGCUGUUCAAAGUCGCCAAAUACAACCGAGGAAAGACUUCAGUGUACGCUGCCAACUAUUUGUCAAACAUGCUUCAUUUUAUUUAUAUAUCGAAGUCGUUUUCGCAAUGUCUUCGCAAAGAGCUCGAGCCGCAUUUCAAACGGGAUGAGCCGAAAUCGGUGGCGUUCUAUGCGAUAAUGGUCGAUUUGAUAAAUCCGGAAGUAUCCGAUCUACUCGUGACAUGUCGCAGGAUUUCGAAUGUCGCACCUGAGCAGAUGCCAUCGACGUCCACUGCAUUCCAAACCCCCUCUAAUCUUUUCCAUUUCUCUCCACCUUCGCUUUCUCCGCAUUCCUCCAACUAUUCCUCAAAUAUUCCUCAACCAUCGGGAAUGGAAUAUCCAAUUCCGAGUAGUCAAUCAAAUGGAUUCGAUGAAUAUCGUCCAUCGAAUCUCACGUUUCCAAAAAUACCUCUUGCUAUGACAAAAUCGAUUGAGGAGAUUCUUUGUCCGCCCGGAAUGAUGGAUGAUCCGAGUAUUAUGAACAAGCCUCUUGCGAAUGAUUGGGCUGAUGGAAUCCGGCUGACGCCAAUAUUUAACAAAGAUAUUGUUGCUCAAUUUUUCCCUGAGCAUUCUGGGAGCCAAUUCUAA